AGGAGUUGUUACAGAACUCCACUGCCUGUGUAAUCACUUAUAUUUCUAACGUGCUAUAUAAAAGGGCUCAUUUCCCACUGGAACUCCCAUGAGUUUCUGUAGCACAGACUCUAUCAUCAGAGUUGUUGAGAAACCCGGCUUGGAAUCCUAACUUCAACACCAUUUCACUAUGACUCAAGACAAGAAGACUGUGGUUGUUAUUGGUGCGACCGGCCUUCAGGGUGGCUCAGUCGUCCAGACGCUUGCCAAAUCCCGGGACAGAUACACUAUCCGCGGUUUAACCCGAAAUAUCUCUUCUCCCAAGGCCGAAGCGUUGAAGGAACUUGGCAUCGAAAUGCAUCAAGCAGACGUCGAAAAUGCAACCAGCCUACGAAGGGCCUUUGAGGGUGCUAACAUCAUCUUCGCCAUGACUGACUUUUGGCAACACAUGUCCGCUACCAAAGAGGAAGAGCAGGGCAAGCGUAUCAUGGAUAUAGCCGCUGAUCUUCCUCAUCUCGAGCAUAUCAUUUGGGCGAGCUUGCCUGACGCUAAAACUAUCUCGAAUGGAAAAUAUCCUCAUGUUUAUCAUUGGCAGAGCAAAGCAGCUGUGGCAGAUUACAUUCGGACCGAGAAACCUGCUCUGUGGAAGAAGACAACUGCGGUGCUGUUUCCGAAUUACUUUGAGAAUUGUGUCACGCAGCCGCGUACUUAUCUUCCUAUCAAGCAAGAUGAUGGGACUUAUUUGAGGUCCUUUGUUCUCCCUGAGACAACUCCUCUUCCAAACGUUGCUAUCUCGGAUACCGGCAAGUUGGUCCAGUAUAUCCUCGACCAUCCCGAUGAAUGUCUGGAAAAGACAAUUGCCUUCUAUUCUGAGGCUAUUUCGGAAGGAGACAAGAUCAAGUCUAUGGCAUCUGCCUACGGAAUCGACAUACGCUACAAUGAGCUCUCUUCCGAGGAGUUCCAAUCCAUUCUAAAGAGCAAGAUGGACGACACAUGUGCUUUGGACUUCACAGAGCAGUUGCUGAUCUUUCGAGACUUUGGCAUGAUCUAUGCUCGUCCUGAAUUCUUGCAAGCUAAUGAGCUUCCUGGCCUUGAUCUGAUGAAGUGGGAGGAUUUCAUGGCUGUCCACAAUUUGGCUGAGUAUAUGACGACCAGCAACUAAGGCUCUAUUAUAGUCAACAUGGGGAGAUGUUGUUUUAGUGGAUAAACUUAGGGAGAGAUUAAAUAGACCGGUUCUUGUUCUAUAUAUGGAGUGAUCUCUUGUACCGAA